CACUCGAUCGGAGCUCUCUCUAUAGCAUACAACCCCACCUUAAUUAAUUAAGCUACAACCAUGAGCGGCUUCGACGAGCAUCACCACGGCGGCGGGCAGGCCCAGCCGCUGCGCCCAGGCGACGUGUACCCGCCCACGGCCGCCAACCCCGAGGCCCGCCGCCAGCGCGACGUGUUCCUCGCCGCCAGCGCCCGACACGACCAGCAGCAGCAGCAGCCGCCGCGCCCAGACGACGGCGGCCUCCGCGUGACGGAGACCGAGGACAACCACACCGGGCGCCGCAUCGUCACGGCCACAGCCGGCGGCCAGGUGAUGGCGCAGUUCACGGUGCCGGUGCCCGGCGCCGGGGACGACUCGGCGGUGACCAUCGGCGAGGCGCUGCGGGCGGCCGCGGACACCUCUGCGGGGGACGAGCCCGUGGACCUGGCGGACGCGGCGGCGGUGCAGGCGGCCGAGGCGCGCGCCACGGGGCUCGGCCACAACGUGCCAGGCGGCGUGGCUGCCGCGGCGCAGAAGGCCGCGCAGGAGAACUUGGAGCGGGAAGGCGGCCGGGAGAAGAAGGUGCCGCUGAAGGAUGUCGUUGGUGGGGAUUUGGUGGGCCGUGGGCCGGCCUUGGCGGCGGAUAAGGUGGCCACGAGAGAGGACGCCGCGAAGGUGGCGGCUGCGGCGGAGCGGAACGCUGCUAGCAAGAGCGGAGGCGCUGGAGCUGCUGGGGGACAGGGGAAGGGCGUCGCUGACGCGGUGGCCGCGGCUGCUGAGAUGAAUCAGGCGAGAAUGCGCUAGCUAGUGUACUACGUACGUAGUGGACUGAUGAUACGUACACGCGAAGUGUGUCUGGCUGUGUGUUUUUUACAGCAGUGGUUAUGUGUCGAGUCUGUGUCGUUGUAUGUACAUACCUAAGUGUCUCCGUACUCCGUAGGGAGUUAUGUGUAGGAAUAAAGUGUACGUUUGUUUGUAUGAAAACUUGCUCUUCUCCAGUAAUUUUGCACUCCUGUAGUUCAUUUGUU